CACCCUGCUUCAAACUCCUAGAUCCGCCACUGGGUAGGAGCCGCGAAGAUGUCGGAUUUCCAGACCUCCACGCACCGGGAGCGGUGGAUCUUCCAGCCUCAAGACCUGAUAGAUAAGUGGACGGGGGUGAACCGGCGUUCCGCCGAGACCCUCGCGCAGUAUGGAACGACGCGGUUGAAGGUGGACCCUGUCGACGGGUCGAUAUCGAACCCGGAACCUGCGCCCGAUCAUGUUGUCGGGAGCUCGAGUGUGAAGCCUCUAUCCUGCGAAGAGGAGCAAAUGAUGCGGAGAUUUUACGAGCAGAAGAUUCAAGAAGUGUGUAAAGCAUUCAAGUUCCCCCACAAAAUUCAGGCUACAGCAAUAAUAUAUUUCAAGAGAUUCUACCUACAGUGGUCUGUAAUGGAGCAUCACCCAAAGCAUAUUAUGUUAACUUGUGUAUAUUCUUCUUGCAAAGUGGAAGAAAAUCAUGUUUCUGCUGAGGAACUUGGCAAAGGGAUUAACCAGGACCACCAGAUUAUUCUAAAUAACGAAAUGAUUGUUCUGAAAUCUUUAGAUUUUGAUCUGAUCGUUUUUGCUCCAUAUCGAUCUAUCGAAGGGUUUAUUGAUGACAUGGAUGAUUUUUGUAGGGCAGGGAAUGGUGCACACCAACGGUUGAAGGAUUUGUACCAAACUGCGAAUUCUCAUGUUGACAGAAUGAUGUUGACCGACGCACCUCUUCUCUAUACUCCUGGACAGUUGGCAUUGGCUGCUCUGUACAAGUCCAAUGACGCACUCAAGGUCCUCGAUUUUGAAAGAUACUUGGAAAGUGUUUUUUCAAGGCAACGCCUUGAUUGUCCAGUCGAACAGUUUGUUCAGAUAAUGAAUACGAUUAAUUACUUGGUUGACCGGCUUCAAAUACUUACUCAAGAAGACAUGAAACAUGCUGAUCGCAAGCUGAGACAUUGCUUGGAUGAGCACAAGAAGAAAGAAAAGAAGCCGAAGCACAAAUCAAAAAGGACUGCUGGUGAUGCCCGGCAGUAAGUACCUUUGUAAGGGCAGCUGUGCUGUGUGAGAACCAGUUCUGGAAAAUGCGGUGGUAAGGACUUGUACUGCACC